ACGAUCGACGCCCCCGCCAAGGUGAGAAAGCUUAGAUUUCGUCAUCCUCCCCCUACGCACCCACUUUCGAGAGAGAAGAGUUGCGACGUUUGUUGUAUGGAUUCGGUGUUGGUUCGGAUGACCGGGAACGUGGGAUCUUGCCCGUGUUCACCACGUACCUCCGAUCGUCUCAUUUCGCUACUGACCUUCCCCAUCACAGAUGACGACAGCGUCUACUGCGAUGCGGACGUACGGCGCGCGCUGAGGCGGACGGAGCAAGUGUGUUGGCAAGACCCGCCUCGGGCUUGUGAGAUAAGGGGGAACGGGUUUGUGUUGAUUGAUCGCUUUGAUUGCCUGACUCUAAUAUUGCCUUAUACGGGGUUCAAAGUGGCCUUGGAGAAAAGCGAGUUCUUCUUGUCGGAGAUCUCAUUCUUGGGGUAUAUCGUCACGGUCGACGGACUAAAACCGGAUUUGAGGAAGGUGGCAGAAGUUCAAGACGCCCCGGCGCCGAUCACACUCACCCAGGUUCGGGCUUUUCUAGGGCUGGCAUCCUAUUACCGACGCUUCAUCAAGGGGUUCGCCGGCAUAGCGAAGCCCCUCACGAACCUGCUGAAGAAAAAGGAGCAGUUGAUCUGGACGCCGGAAUGCGAAGCGGCGUUUCAGGCGUUGAAGGAGGCUCUGACAUCUGCUCUUGUAUUGGCACGACCCGACCCGACAAGACCGUUCGCACUGUACACAGACUGGCAGCCUCAGGCGAUAUCGGCGGUGCUGACUCAACAUGACAAGGACGAAAGGGAGCACGUUAUUGAGUAUGCGUCCAAGACGUUGAGCCAGGCGCAGGCUAAUUACGAAGCGUGCAAAGGUGAAUGCCUGGCGGUGGUGUGGGGGAUUCAGCACUUCCGACCUCUGUACAGCCAGAAAUUUGUGCUGCUCACGGAGGGCCCUUACCCCAUGCGCGAGUUCUCAGAGUAUUUGGUGGAGCUAAAUGACAUGGAGCCGCUGCCCUUCGCCGACGAAGACGUGUGGGAGUUGCACCGUGCGCUGUACAAGUCGGUGGCGCUGGGGAUGUUUCGGUUCUUCGUGGAUUAUGAAGACCACGCUAUCAGGGAGCACUUCGUCGUUUACUACGUCAUCGCGUGGCCCAAGCCAGCGGAGAAGGAAGGGACGGUGGCGCUGUACCCCUUCGCCCCGCUCCAGACAAUCGAUCUGGGAUUGUUGGAGCUCAUACAUCUUGAGCUCCUCUCCAUUGCGCAAGUGAUCGCGAGCGAGGAGGAGGAGAUCCAACCACGAUUGCGGACGGCGACGGCCCCGCGGAGAACGUACAACGUGGUCGUCAUCGCGGAUUACAUUGCGCAGCGCGCGGAGAGAUUGGAGGACUUCCCGGAGGAAAGGCCGUUGCAUCCUCCCUCGUCGUAUCCUCGACCAUCGCCACCGAAGGGCCCCAAGAAGACGCCGAAGAGGAAGAGACGCCACCCGUCGCCAGGAGCGCAAGGCAACAGGAUCGGCGGCGGCGAGGAGGUGGUUCAGCCCGCGCGUACGCGGAUUUCUGACCUUGUGCCUGGGAGCGCGGCGACGCUCGUUAAGGAGACUAUCGUGCCAUCGCCGCCCAUUCCGCGUGUGCCCGAUCUCAAUCUUGAUGGAGCCGGGCCAUCAUCAGCUGCAGCAGCCGGAGGAGGAAGCCGAAUGGGAUUUCCGGAUCCCAUAUCCAGACCCCCCAAGAAGAUUGAGGAGGAGAUGGUCAAAGAAAAAGAGAGGUUAAAGAAAGAAGAGGAAGAGAAGCUCAAGGCAGUAGAAGAGGAGGAAGAGGUAGAAGAACCGCCACUAGAAAGGCGAAGGACAGGAGGACGAGGAGAAUCCAAUGGAACAAAGGAAGAUCAGAUGGAGAAGAAGAUUACGGAGUGGGUUGCUGGUUUAUCCCUGGGAGAAGAAGAGAAGGCACUAAUGUAUGUGACCAAGGAAAAACAAGAGGCGCCCAUGCGAGAGUGGGAUGCAAAAGAAGACCCGCUCAAGCGGCAAGCUAUAGAAGAUGAGAAGAUGAUGGAGUGGAAGUUCCGACUGAUGAGGGAGAAGAAAAGGAGAAUGGAGGCGGAGAGCCAGGCGCCGAAAGAAUUGGAGGAGGUAAAGAAGCAAAGAGCGCAAAUGGCGACACAGGUGGACCUAUUGGGGAAGAUGGAGAUCAUGGCGAGAAACAUAGAGCGUCUGGCCCAGGUCCACGAAAAACAAUAUCUGUUUGGUAGAGGUCAUGACAUUGUCUUGCGCUCUAUACGGCUGAGACUCAGGGACUUUGCAAGGGAAUUAGCGAUGCAGGUGGACUCAGAGGUGAAGGCCCGCCUAGAGGGCACAAAGAGUUAUUGCACGGGCGCAAUAGAAGGCGCCAGACUGACUGCUCCCAAGGAGGAGGAAGCACGUCCCCGAAGGGAGCCUGUCAAGGUCAAGUUCCCUGACUCCUAUAGCGGGAAGAAAGAGGAGAAUUUUGACAAUUGGUAAGCCAAUGUCAAAACCUACGUACAUCUGCAGAAGGUCUCCCCGAACGAGCAUGUCCUUAUAGUCGUCCAUGCCCUCCGAGACG